UUCCAAUUUUUCCUUGCCCUAAAAACUCCCCCUUUUCUCUUCAGCCGCAACACUUUACUUUCAUCUAUAAUCCAUAAAUUAUCCACUUUUUCCCUCUCAAAUCGCCCUAAAUCAGCUCAAUUUAGCUUUUUCACGGCUGAAAUCUGUUCAAUUUGAAGUUUUUCGACGAAAAAUGAUGAAUUUGAGAGUUUAUGUGAGGGUUUUGUUUGGUGGAGCACAGUGAGGUGAUGGAAGCUUUGAAAGGACCUGUUUUGGUUGAUGUGGAUGUGUCUAAGCUUAUGGGAUCGGAAAGUUUUAGUGGCGGUGCUCGGAAAUUGGAGAGGCCUUCUGUUGCGAUUGCGCCUUCUAUUGAUAGGAUCAGUGGUUCAGUCAGACGAAAAGAGCUAGCUUUUUGGAGUAAGAUGCCCCAGAAUGAAUUUGCUGGUCAGCAAUCCAGCCAUCAUGUUGAGGAUGCUUUAGAAGACCACAGUGUCGGGAAGUCAAAUACUAUUCUUCCGCUGACGCUUGGGCUAGAGGCUGCACAGUCACAUCGGAACUGUGGGAAAGUGGGGAGAAAUAGUACUUCUAAUUCUAAGAGAUCAAGGAUAAUGCAGAUGGAUGCUUCUGUAAAUAAAACCGGUGAAGACGGAAAAGGCAUUUAUACUGAGAUUUCCGCAAAUCUUACAAAUUGCAAAAAUGGAGAGAGGACUCAAAUGCUUAAGCAAAGGCAGAAUUCUAGUGGCAAGAGAAGUGAUAAAAGAAAUGGAAAAGUUACCAAAAGUAAUUUCUCUUUAAAGAGUUUGGUUGGCUUCGGUUCAGCUGCUGGAGGAAGAAACUUUCUCGCCUCCAGAGUCCAGGCUCCAGCGACCGCCGACCAGCAACCAGCAAUCGUGACCGCCGACCAGCGACCGCGACCAGCAAUUUCAACUGCUGCGAUUUCAGGUUUUCAGUUUCUAGUUCUAGGAAUGUAUGGCUUGAAAUCUGAUGUCAUGGAUGUCACAAAAGAUGUAGAUGAUCUGCCUUUGAGGGAACUACUUGAUGGAAGUUAUAAGUGUGCACCUUCUCCCAAAGAUAGGAGAAACAAUGCGUCAAAUUCAAGUGACAGUCUCAUGCAGUUGGUUAGAAAUGCUAACUCCAUGCUUCGAUGCCAGAAGUCUGUACAGAUGCAGAAUUGUUCUAAUGUUGAUAGCAAGCUCUCUUGUCGAAAUGAUGGAGACAAGGGAGAGACCAGGACAGAUAAUCUGUCUUCUUCUGAUCAGGUACAGGAAUACAGUUGCAAGGUUCAAUCAGUUCCGACAAUGUGUCAUGCUCCAUUGUAUACACCAAAGGAUGUGUUGGAGCGCCUUGCGCUUACUCCAUCCAAGGAUUUGGAUUCUUUACUUGUGGAUACAGUCAAGUUUGCAUCUUCAAGAAAUAGCAGUGAUCUUCGACUAAGCAAGCCAUCAUCUCAGCGAAAUGGCUUGCCUCCUUUUCCUUGGUCACAUCCGUGCUCUGGGCAUCCUAAAACUGUUCCGGAUUCAGCUAAAUUAUCUACAAAUAAGAUGGUUUGUCAAGGUAGAUGGGUAAGAGUGGAAAACACUUUGACUCCUCUGAAAGGUUCUACUGGUUUCCUUGAGGAACUGCAAUCACUCACUGACAAUCACAAACUAGUUCCAACAGGAGUUCAAGUGUCUGGGCCUUUAAAAAAUGAAAAUGCUUCAACAAACCGCGAUAGCCUUACUACAUGUGAAAGGAUUUCAUCAUCAUUGGCAGCCAGCAACACUUCAGAAGUUUCACCAGGGGUAUUGGCUGCUGCUGAGACGCUUUGCAGGAUUGCUACACAUUCAACGCUUUGCAAGAUUGCUACACAUUCGUUGAAGCAGAACACUGAGGUAACAACCAAAUCGCUGAAGAAACCUUCUCAGAAGAGCGGUGGCAUGAGAGCAUGUAAAUUGACUGAGAAACCUGAAAAUCAAUUCAUAGCACCAAAACCAGUGGUGGUAUCAAAUAGUCUGGUUGAAAUUGCUGAUGAGAUACUUCCAUCAAAGAAGCUUCGUCUUUCAGUUAACUUCAAAAAACCUGAUAGGAAAGGACCGAUACCUUGUUCAACUGAAUCAAUAAGAUCAACUCCUGUCAAAUCUUUUAGGGAGUCUGAAGGUUUCAGUAACAGCUUUGUAAAUAAACCAUGUACAACGUCCCACUAUACUAGGGUGAUGGAUAAGGCUUAUAGUAGUAGUGACCAGAAGCCGAGGAAGGUAGCCAAUGGAGCGGAGCCAAGGAGAUGACAGAAUGUUGGAGUGAACUCAUUAUGCAGUGAAUCAGACAAGAACUUUUACUGUUGCAUUUGUCUAUUCCUUCUAACUGCUGUUAGACAUGCAAAAUAUGGUAGAAUUUGUAUAGCCUGUCACAUGGAAGAAAUGAAUGUUGUAAUCUUAUGCUGCGUUGGGUUUAGGGUUUAGACGGGGGACCAUUGUGCUUGUGCCAUUACAUGUAACAUGGAUGCCAGAUACAUCGAUAUGCUUUCAGCAUUGCCUCAGUGUACAUCAUUGAUGAGGCAAUAUGGUAGAAAAGUUCUCUCUUUAGCCUCUGGUAUUCCGGGGACACAUUCGUUAUGUGUGUGUAAAUGUAUUCAUUAUGUGAUAUCCAUGAUCAGGACAUUUUCAUACUCA